UGGUAAAGGUGAGAAAGAAUUGAUUCUUUUAAUUGAAUGGUUCUUUGAGGAACAAAACAUUUUUUUUCUACGGUAACACUGCAAAAAACCCAUAGCUUCUUUAUUUUUAAUGGUGUACAUAUAGUGGCAGGGCCCCAGUCCCCAUACACCCAGCAGUGUAAAGAUGCAGUUAGUGCUCUCCCCUUGUUAAAGGGGCCAGGGCAGCGUUCCCGGGUGUCCCCCCCGACGACGGACCUGUGUAGUGAAUCAGCGAGCAUUUAUGAUCGAGCUAAACGGGGAGACGAGAGGCCACGUUUACAAUAGCAGAGACACACUCACUAUCAUCCCUGAUGGACUGAUAGAGAAAACAGAGCCUUUAGUCACUUCAGCCUUCGUUGAAAACAUAAUUCCAGCCUUCAGUCCCACACAGAGCUCAGACAUUAUUGAGCGAUGACAGAUGCAGAUGAAGCCACGAGAAGACGAGUGGGAAAUUGUUGAAGCUGCUCAUGUUUCUGGCUCCAUCAAAAAGAUUUGUUCAGCUCUUUGAGAUUUUGAUGGAUUUUCCCAUGUUGUCCAGGACAGCUCUUUUUGUUAAAGACUUCUGAUAAUGGCUUAUUGUUUUGGCUGCAGUAGGGGCCCGUGGUGCAGGCGGCCCCAUGGAGAUGCCAAGUUGCCAAUUCACUCACCGGCCACGGGUGGAAACGCAUGGAGCGCACCUCACUCGCUUGCAUCAGGAGACCGAGGUGUUGAAAUGGAGUGGCUAUGUGUUCCUCUUCUGCUCAUCAGUGGAAUUCCUUCAGCUUUCACACAAUUCAAUGGAUUCAACUGUGAUCCGAGUCACCACAGCAGAUAUCCCAGUGACAGAGAUAUCAGUGUAUACUGUGGCGUUCAAACCAUCACGCUAAAGAUUAACCUCUGCCCCGUGCUGUACUCCGGAUACACUGAUGCUGACCUGGCACUAAAUGGUAACCAUGGAGACAUCCAUUGCAGGGGUUUCAUCAACAACAACACCUUCCCCACAGCGAUGCUCUUUAGCAUCACCCUGAGCACAUUGGAGUCCUGCGGGAACACACUGGAGGUUUCUACAGCUCAGGGCUACAAUGCUUAUGGAAACAUCUCAAUGGUGCAGAUAGGGAAUAUUUCGGGCUACAUUGACACCCCAGACCCUCCAACUGUCAUCAGUUACUUGCCAGGUCUGCUGUAUAAAUUCAGUUGUAGUUAUCCUCUGGAGUAUCUGCUCAACAACAGCCAGCUGGCAUCCUCAUCUGCUGCAAUAUCAGUGAAGGACAACAAUGGUACUUUCCUGAGCACACUUAGUUUAAUUCUUUACAAUGACUCAACCUUCAGUCAUCUGAUCUCCAUACCAGUGACUGGCUUGUCCUUAAAGACCCGAGUAUUUGCUGCUGUUAAAGCUACUAAUCUGGACAGAAGGUGGAACGUUCUGAUGGAUCACUGUUACGCCACUCCCUCAGGGAACCCUAAUGAUGAAAUACGCUAUGACCUUUUCUUCGGGUGUUUCAAAGAUCCACAGACAACAGUUUUUGAGAACGGAAGAAGUCAAAUGGGCCGCUUUGCAUUCGAAGCCUUUCGUUUUGUGAAACACAAAAACCAAAAGAUGUCCACUGUGUUCCUGCACUGUAUUACAAAGCUGUGUCGAGCAGAUGACUGUGCGAUGCUAAUGCCUAUCUGUGGAAAGCGCAGAAGGAGAGAUACUAUAGAGAAUCACGUAGUGUCAGGUUCGGCCUCCGGGGACGCAGUAAUAACCGCAGGGCCUAUAAUCACCAGAAGCGAUGAAACACCAAGCAACAAUUCACAACUCUUGGACAGUUCAGCCCAUCAGUGGAACACUGUAACCAGCGGCUUGAUGUCGGGUGUGGUUGUUUUAGGGGUGAUGAGUUUGGGUCUCUUUGUCCUCUCCCUCAGGCUGCUCAGGAAACCCAGCCCUUCUAGUCUGACAGGAGUCGUCAACUCCGGAUUCAGAUGAUCCUAAGUUGGUUUAUUUUGAUUUCAUUUUGUUUUUAUCAUUUGAAUAAAAAUACAAUUUUGACAGGAUUUUAUUUGCUUAUUUUUUGACUUGUUUUUCCCUGCACCAACAAACAUGAUGUUUGUGCAUGAUCAUUGUGUCAAUUGCAUCAUCAUAUCUGAGUGUUUGUGGCUUAAUGUGAAUAUUAGGGGUCAUAUCAAAAUGGCAUUGGGCUGCUUUCUCUUUGACUGUGUGAAUCAAAAAAUUCCCUUUUAAAAUACCUCAUUUUUGUUUUGAAGUGUUGAUAUGAUAUGCAACGUCCACAAGAAUAAAGUCAGAAACAUUUUUUCCAUAAGUCUUUGUUAAUUUUCAAAGUGUUGCAACGCAGUGCAAUGCUUACAAUCAACAAAACAUGGAUGAUGAAGGGAAACAGGUCUUAUAGGAAUAUUCAAGGUUAAAUGGAAGUUAAGAUUUAUUUUUUAAUGGAAUUUACAAACUAACGAACGAGUCACAAUGGCUUUACUCUGUUAAUAUAUAGCCAUAAAUAGUGUAUUAACACUGGAAUAUUCCUUUUGUUUUGUGUGAUAAUAAUUUUAGGAAAACAUAAUAGUGUAUUUUUUACAAUAAAGCAUGUUUAUAGUUAAUACUUUUUACAUUUUUUACUCAAGUGUAAAAAAUUUGAUUUUAGAAAUGGCCAUAGAUCUAGAUAGUUCAAUAUGGCAGAAAUGAUGUGUCAAAAGGUAAAAAGAGUACAGCUCACUCCUC